UUAGUGAAAAUUGUGAUUCCGUUAUGGUUCAAAUAAUAGGCAAAUCAAUAAAUUGAUUGUUGUAUUCACAGUCACAGCAAAUUCCACCUUUACUCGACACUUGUUGCUCUACUCACCCAUCGGAAAAAUGGGAAACCGGCGGAAUGCAAUGGUUGCGGUAAGCGAUGACGAGGAUGAUCACGUGCAGCUAUCAUCGCGGCCGACACGCGACGAAGGGAAAGCGAAUCAGAGGAAGAGGAAGAAAGUGAGGCUCGACGAAGAGGAAGAAGAGGAGAAAGCGAAUACAGAGGAUGAAAGUAGAGAUAAGAGGAGGACGAAGAGGAAAGUACCGGAGAACGAGGAGGAGGAGGAAGAGGAGAGGGGAAGGGGGAAGAGGAUUAAGAAACUGAAGAAAGUUGAAGAAGAAGAGGAAGAACCCGAACCGGUUAAGGAGGAGGAGGAAGAAGAACAGCAGGAAGAUGCUAAGCCUAUUGGUGAGGUUAUUAGGGUUACUGGAAAAGGAAAAGGGAGAAAAACCCAUUACGAGUCGUUCGAGUACGAUGGGAAUCGCUACGAACUUGAGGAUCCCGUGCUCUUGGUUCCAGAAGGACAACUUCAGAAGCCUUAUGUGGCAAUUAUCAAGGAUAUUACUCAGACCAAGGAUGGUAACCUUAUGGUCACAGGACAGUGGUUUUACCGACCUGAGGAAGCAAUAAAAAGAGCUGGUGGAAAUUGGCAAUCACGGGACACGAGGGAAUUGUUCUAUAGUUUUCACCGAGAUGCGGUCCCAGCGGAGUCGGUCAUGCACAAGUGUGUGGUGCACUUCAUACCAUUAAACAAGGAGAUCCCUAGACGGAAAGAGCAUCCUGGUUUUAUUGUUCAGAAGGUAUAUGACACUGAACAGAGGAGGCUUUUCAAGUUGACAGAUAAGGAUUAUGAAGAUACCAAACAGCAUGAGAUUGAUCUGCUUGUUCAGAAGACUAUAGCACGAGUUGGGCAGCUUCCUGACCUUGAAACUGAGGAUAAUUCUGCAGGCCCUGUUAGUCAGGAAGACCAAUUGAAGAGUAAACGACUUUUGAGGAAGAAGAGCAUGAUGUCUUUGGAUGUCACCAGAGAUGAUGAAGCACCAUCUAGGUCGGGUCAGCCUAGAGCAGAAACUCCAGGCAGUUGUGCCAAUAAUGCAUCAGAAUACUUCAUCAUCCUUUCAAACUUCAGAGUCCUAACAGGUGAAACACAGCGCGACAAAUGGCUGGAAAAACUGCUGCAAUCAAUUCAGUAUUUUUGCAGUCCUGUUGAUAAUGUGCAAACUGAUGGUAAAGCAAAAGGGGGCUCAGAUGCUGCUGAUCUUACUGGUAAUACUGAUUCUGCGAAACCCGUGAAUGAGUCUCUAGACAACGGUGCUGAUGGUGAUGUGUUCCGAUGGCCUGACAGCGCUGUCACUGCUGUAGUCUCUCUCGAGAAAGUUGCACAUGAGGCCCUCUCAUCUGAUUUUCAGAAGUACAAUCAGAAGAUGAGGCAGUUAACAUUCAAUCUUAAGCACACCUCACUCUUAGCACGUCGUCUUUUGAAAGGAGAGUUGGAUCCCUCGCAGAUACUUAACAUGUCCCCCAAUGAGCUAAAGGAAGCUUUAACAGCAGAAGAGUUGGCAAGCAAGGAGCCCGAGGAGCCAGAGCCCAUACAGAUGACUGAUGCUCGCUGCAAAAGAUGCACUGAGAAAAAAGUGCGGCUCAUGGAGAUUAUUCAGGCUGGACACGGAGAUCGUUACUCGCUGGAGUGUAUUGCUUGUGGCAAUACUUGGUAUGCUUCUAGAGACGAAGCUGCUAGCCUCACAAUCGAUGGACCAAAUUCUGCAAAGAGCGUUGGAGCUGAACCGUUGGCCACUGCUAAGUUUGAAGAUGUAGAGAAGAACUUAACGAGUCCACGAAAAGGUGACAAAGGAGCUAACGACAUUCUAAAGAAAACAACAGAAGCUUACAUGCCAGUUCUAGAUAGCCAAAGAUCAUUCAACAAAACCAAGCCUGAAGACAAUACUACCACCAGCCAUGCCGACUAAACGUUCUGCUAGUGCUACACUUAAUAGAUAGUACAAAUGUAGUUGGUAUAGACCAAAAAAUCGUAGUCUAGUUAGACAAUUUAAUCGCGACAAUGAGGUAUGGAUUGUUUUCUUUCUUUCUUAGUACUGUACAAUCUGCACAGUUGUAAAGGGUAGGGUAAAAAGGUUGAUGGAUGUUAACUUGUGUAGUUUAAGAUUAUUAUCUUUUUCUUCUUCAACCUACAAAUGAGGUGAUUUAUGGCUGCAUUUAUAGCUUUGGUA